AUGGAUGGAAACAAGACAUUUUCCAGCGACUUCACCCUUGUGGGGCUCUUCACUCAUAAGAAAACUGCAGGGUUCCUUUUCAGUGUCAUUUGUGUCAUCUUCUUCAUGGCCAUGAUCGCAAAUGGGGUCAUGGUCUUCCUGAUCCACACAGACCCUCUCCUCCAUACUCCUAUGUACUUCCUACUCAGCCACCUCUCCUUCAUUGACAUGAUGUACAUCUCCACCAUCGUACCCAAGAUACUGGCAGAUUAUCUAAUAGGCAAGGGGGCCAUCUCUUUCAUUGCCUGUACACUCCAGUACUUUCUCUACAUGGGUUUUGUGGGAGCCGAGUUCUUCCUGCUGGGGCUCAUGGCAUAUGACCGUUAUGUGGCCAUCUGCAACCCCCUUCGCUAUCCGGUCCUCAUGAGUCGGCGUGUCUGCUGGUUGAUCUUGGCCAGCUCUUGGUUCGGUGGUGCAUUGGAUAGCUUUCUCCUCACUCCCAUUACCAUGAGUCUCCCAUUCUGUGCCUCCCACAGGAUUAACCACUUUUUUUGCGAGGCACCCACCAUGCUGAGGCUGGCCUGUGGAGACAAAGCCAUCUAUGAAAUGGUGAUGUACAUUUGCUGUGUUGUGAUGCUUCUGAUCCCCUUCUCAGUGGUAAUUUCAUCCUAUGCCCGGAUUCUUGUCACUGUGCAUCAUAUGAAGUCAGCAGAGGGGAAAAAGAAGGCCGUUGCCACGUGCUCUUCUCAUGUGAUUGUGGUGACAUUAUUUUAUGGAGCUGCCUUGUACACCUAUAUGCUCCCGCAAUCCUACCACACGCCACUGAAAGACAAGAUCUUCUCUGCUUUUUAUACUAUCCUCACCCCUUUGUUAAACCCUCUAAUCUACAGUCUAAGAAACAGGGAUGUGACAGGGGCCAUGAAGAGGGCAAUGGCAAAACGACGGGGGACCUGUGGUGUGACAAGGAAAGAAUUCUGA